AUGGACAGUAACUCACAAGACUCUUCACUUACUAAUAACAAUGAGAGCAUCAAAGAAAUGGAAAGGCGUACAUCGAACAAAAGUGAAGAUAAUGAGCCCCAUGGCGAGUCACAGCCCAAUCUAAACCCAGAAAAGGCCCCAGAGCCUCUUUACAGUAUCUUGACCAAGAGGGAGAAGUAUUAUUUGAGUUUACUUUUAGCUCUGUCUGGGGUGUGGUCUACUUUAUCCACUUCGAUCUAUUUCCCCGCAUUGUCUAUAUUGUCAAAGGACUUCGUCGUUUCUAGUGCAAUAACUAAUAUUUCUGUUGUGGCAUACUUAUUGUUUCAGGGAAUCGCUCCAACUCUAGUUGCACCCAUUGCUGACGCAUUCGGAAGGAGGCCGAUGACGAUUGCAUGUCUACUUUGCUACUGUGCGGUCUGUAUUGGUUUGGCUAGAACUAAUGUAUAUUGGCUUUUGGUUGUCUUAAGAUUGUUUCAAGCAGGAGCAAUUGCUCCUAUAGUUUCUGUUUCAACAGGUGUAGUCGGAGAUAUAUGCCCAAGAGCUGAGAGAGGUAGUUUCAUUGGUAUUGUAACUGGAAUACAGUUGGUUGGUCAAGGUUUUGGUGCUCUUAUAGGUGCAGGAGUUGUGUCAAGGUUUGGAUGGAGAGGCAUCUUUUACUUGUUGGCCAUAGGUAGUGGUCUUGUUCUCGUUUUGGUGCUACUUCUCCUUCCAGAAACCAAUAGGCUGAUUGUAGGGAAUAUGUCUAUCCCUCCAACUUCCUUCUUCAACAAACUGCCAGUAACACAUUUUCCAAAUAUUUCCAAAAGAUUGACCAAUGACAUAACUACAAUGACUGAAAGUAAUGUGAAACUUUCCAGUAUCAUAUCACCUCUUAAAAUAUUUUUCCAAUUUAAGGUGUUUUUUAUAUUGUUGCCCAGUGGGAUUCUUUUUGCGAGUUGGACAAUGGCGUUAACUACAUUUUCGACUGCCCUUGCUGAUGACUAUGGAUAUACAAUUGUCCAUGUCGGAUUGUGUUAUCUUGCACCAGGAAUUGGAGCACUCAUCGGAGCCUUGAUAAGUGGUAGGAUAUUAAAUUAUAUCUAUAAACUGAGAAAAGAUAAGUACGAGAAAGAAAUUGAAAGUUUGCCAAAGGAAGAAGUGAAACCUUUCAAUAUUUACAAAACAAGGUUAAAUGUAUGCUUGAUACCAUCCUUGAUCUCAUGCGCUUCAUAUGUUGUAUUUGGUUGGUGCAUUCGAUACAAAGUCAACAUAGCACCGGCACUCAUUGCCAGUUUCAUAUUCUCAUUCUGUGUUGUGACUGUGAUGUCAGCAAUAAUGACAUUGUUGGUAGACUUGUUUCCUAAUCAAAGUUCUGCAGGUAUAAGUUGCGUGAACCUCAUGAGGUGCUUGUUAGGAGCUGCUGGAGUCGGUGCUUUACAGAGUAUGGUUGAUGCUAUGGGCGAAGGAGGAUGCUACACAUUAAUGGCAGGUUUCAGCUUAAUUGGUACCAUUAUAUUGUAUUUUAUUGUAGAGCAUGAAAGCAAAAGAAUAAUGAAGAACGAUGAUAACGAAAAUAAUCAUGAUUCAUAG